AAAAAAACCACAAAACUCGCUAUCAUAGAGAAUUUCCACAACCAACUACCGACCUGGAAAAUGAACCAACCGUCCUUUACGAUAAGAUUAAUUUCGAAGAAGCAGUGAACUCUUCUUUGCGACGUUAACCCUCUCUAUACGCAGUACGUACUAUGAUAGAUGAAAUAACCUUGCAAAGAUGAUUCCAUCAUAUACGCCAAGUUUACAAGCAAUAAACGUGAAAAACAGCAGAAGAAAGAGCUUCUCCAACCUCUCGUUGCCUUUAUUCUUUUCAUUUUGGGGUGUACUUUUCCUCUGCUACUCUAAAUUGGGCCUUACCCAUGGUAAUAUAGGAAAUCUGCAUGCUUGUAAUGGGAGCAUAACUAACUCUAGUGUUUGUGAUGAUAAGUUUGGUUAUUGUGGAGAUGGAAACAACAAUUAUAAGGAUGGUGUACUGAUCGAAGUUAGUGUAUCUAUGAUCUUUAAUGAGUCCACUGCUCAUGAUCAUGCCCAUGCAUAUCCUGGGAACUCACUUCGGGGAACAAGUGCAUUGGAGGAAGUAGUCUGGAGAGUUCUAGGUUACACUCCACUGGUGUGUGGAAUUCAACCACAAGAAGAGGAACAUAAGAUUAUGAAACCAGAACAGCUACAAAAUGGCAGAACUCAUCAUGCUUAUCUCAAUCUGGAUGAGUUCAGAAACCUUACAAGGCAAGAAAAAGGCUCGACUACACCAAGUCGGCUUGUUAACAUUACCCACAGGCUCGAGCCUGAUGGGACCGAAUAUAAUUAUGCCGCAGCAUCUAAGGGUGCGAAGGUGGUGGCUCACAAUAAGGAAGCAAAGGGGGCAAGCAACAUCCUGGGGAAGGAUCAUGAUAAAUAUCUGAGGAACCCUUGCUCUGCCGGGGGAAAGUUUGUUGUCCUUGAGCUUACAGAAGAAACUCUAGUUGAUGCAGUCAAAAUUGCAAAUUAUGAACAUUAUUCUUCUAAUUUCAAGGAUUUUGAGUUGUUUGGGAGUCUCUCAUAUCCAACUGAGGCAUGGAACCCACUGGGAACCUUUGUGGCCGCAAAUGUUAAGCAUGCUCAAUGCUUUAAGCUGCCUGAAUCCAAAUGGGUUAGAUACUUGAAGUUGAAUUUACUGAGUCAUUAUGGGUCAGAAUUUUAUUGCACUCUGAGUGUUUUGGAGGUAUAUGGGGUUGAUGCAAUCGAGCGAAUGCUUGAAGAUCUCAUUGUGAAUUCUGUGGACUCAGCUACAAAUAAAUUGCCAACUCCUGGUUCAGCUGCAACGCCUUUGUUAACACCAGAAACUGUUCUCAGCAACAAUGAAACGGAUGAUAUCGUUCAAGAUGUUGUUAAGGCUGCAAGUAAAGGAAUAGAAAGCAUCAAUGAUGGAAGGCUUGACAUAGAUUUGCCAAAUAAUCCAGUGACCAUGAGCAGCAUUCCUGAUCCUGUAAUUGAAGCUAGACAUCAGCCGAAUGGCAGAAUUCACGCUGAUGCUGUUCUAAAGAUAUUGAUGCAGAAGGUGAGAUCACUUGAGCUGAACUUAUCUGUGCUGGAGGAUUACAUCAAAGAACUGAACAAAAGGCAGGGGGAUAUAUUGCCUGAGCAUGAAGAAGAGCUAUUGAGAUUUGCAAAGCUUCUGGAGAAAAGCAAAAUGGAGAUCAGGGAUCUCUUGGAAUGGAAGGAGAUUGUGGAAAAAGGAAUUACUGAUCUUAAAUCAUGGAAAGCUGUUGUCUCAACCCAGGUGGAUUUAUUGGUCAGAGAAAAUGGCAUGCUGAGAUUAGACGUUGAAAAGGUUACAAGUGAUCAAGCAAGUCUGGAAAAGAAAGAGCUUGCUGUGCUUGCUGUGAGCUUUUCCUUUGCAUGUGUUGCAAUUCUCAAGUUAGUUUCAGAGCGAAUCUUAAUUUUGUUUGGAGCCCCUCUGUCUGAUAAGGUUUUACGGACAAGUAGAAGUUGGCUUUUGAUACUUGUUAGCAGCACUUUGACCAUGUUCAUUACAGUGCUCUAUAGCUAGUCUCCUAACUUGGCUCCAGGGAACCUCAUUAUUUGUUGGCCUAUGCCACAACGUAAAUAUAGCUUUUUGUAGUAAAAAUCAAAAGCAGUCAGUACAAUGGCUUUCUCUUGCAGUUCGAACAUUUGUGUUUGUGUGUGUAUGUUUUUUUGUGGUUCCUCGACGUGCUGUAAAUUUAGACGUUUCGAG